ACAACGAAGUUUAUUCGGUGAAUUUUAAUUUCGUAGAUCCAUCGGUAUCUACGAAUUUUUUAUAUCUCCUAUAAACGCGCGCUGCAAUCGGGUGCUUUUAUCACACGCCUCGUGGAAUUCGCAACAAGUCAUGAAACUACUGAAGCAAUUCAUAAUUUUGAUAACUGCGGUCGUUUUUAUCACCGGUCAGAGUAUUGACGAGUGCCUGAAGCAAGACAGCAUAUCCUGCGUGCAGAAGACUCUAUAUAGGACCGCCAAAGAAUUCUUUGCUAAGGAUAAAUUAGAGCUUAUAAACGGAGUCAGUCUCGUGAAGAGUAAUGUUAAUGCCAGAUCUAUCAAGGAACUUUCUUAUGACCAAGAGAUGGAGGCCGCUAAUAAUAUCGUGGAAAGACAAAAUUCUCUUGAAAACUUCAUUAGCGAUGAAGCUGGGCAAUUUUUGACCGGUCGCAAUCUUAGGAUCAAUCUUGCAUCGGUUUUUGAGAAAAUCCAAGAAUCGGGUCGUGCCUUCAGUGAAUCUGCUCCACCAGAAAUUCGUCAAGCUGUCAAUGAGAUUGUUGAAGCGCGAGGCAAGAAAAAAGGAUUUUUAAAAGGACUCUUACCCCUCCUGAUUGCCGCAAAAAUAAAGUUUGGUAUUUUGGGAGUUCUCUUAUACUUUGUCACCGGAUUCUUAGCGAAAAAGGCGAUCCAAGCGUCCAUCAUUUCUCUCCUCAUCUCUGCCUUCAUCGGUUUAAAAACAUUCUGGUCAGGCAAAAAGCACCACGACGUCACUUCUUACAAUGGUGGCUGGAGUAGUGGAUUUUUAAGUCCUGUUAGCGGUGGAUGGUCAAGUCCCGUUAACAGUGGAUGGUCCAAUUCCGUAUCCGGUGGAUGGAGCAAUGGUGGUUCUUCCGGUUGGGAAGAUUCUAAUUACGCGCACAGCCAAGCAUAUGGAUAUCAUCACUAGUGAUCGUUGAUAUUUUCUUCUUCUGUUUCUUCUUUUUAUUAUAAUCAACGAGAAGAACGGGAUGUCGAUGGAAGUCUGUCGAUGGAAGAUGACUUUUAAGCCUCACGUUGAUUUUUAUUCAUAUAAUCAUGGAGAUAUUUAUUUUUAUUUAUUUUAUUAAUUAUCAUUAAAUAGUAAAUAGGGCAUCUCUGGCCCUUCCGUGAUGUACAUUAAAUAUAUAACAAUACUUCAUCCGCAUAAACAUGUGCAAAAUAGAUCAAUAAAUAAUCAAACUGAAAAGCUAGUCAUAAUAUGUAUGAUUGGUGAAGAUGUAACUUGCUAAUUAUGAAAUACGAUAUUAUGUAUGUAUUACGACUUGGCGAUUUUUGCAUAAGUUUUAGCGUGAUCAUAAAUGUUUCUGUAAUAAUUCGUAAUUCAAUAGUUAAAUCUAGUCCAAUACAAUGUACAUGCAACGUAUUAAACU